AUGCGAGAAUCUGAACCGGUGGUCGAGUUGGGGCCGACGCCUAACGGGCCCCCUGCAAAGGCGGGCUGCAAAACCCAGGGAGACCUCACGGACGAGCUCUUCAGCUACACGCGCCAGAAGCACUCGGCCUUCAUACCCAAGAAAAACAAGGUUGCGGUCCGCAAGGAAUACUCGGCACCAGAAAUAUUCGGCGUGUCCGACACCACCCUCCAGAACAAGGCAAGACACUCAUGUUGUAGCGCUAGACCUCACUAAGCGGACGCUCAUUGAUGACGUUUCUCACGUCACCGGCCGUUCAUGGGUUUACGAGCAAAACCACUUUUCGCACUCGACGAGUCCAGGUUGUUUUUUGGAGUGUAUUAUGAAAAAAUGACGAACACAUUCGCAAGGGCGGAUAGGUGGGCCUUCGGCUUCGACUCCCAUGAUGCCCUUGGGACGUGAUGAAUGUAUACAUGGGAAGGUGCAAACCACAUCCGGUACAGGUAUUCAACAGCUGCAUACAUUAGUGCUAUUUUCAUUUCGCAAAAGGAACACGAAGCGCUGUUCGUUCUCAAGUGGUCAUCGCUGAUCUUUGUUUUCCACCGGAACAGCAGUAAAAUACUUCGUUCGCAUAUGCGUAGAAGUUGGUCGAUUCUCUCUCUCUCGCUUUUUCUCUCCUCUGUGUGUGUGUGGUGAUGUGCGUGGCUGGCUUAAUCUUUUUGCGACCGCCCGUUGGGUCUCUUUAGAUUAUCGUGUGCCAAAAGCCGGAAAUUGCAAAUUCACUUGAGUUUGUAUGGAUUAAUUAAAUUUGAGCCAUCCCUGCAUGACGUCAACAACGGCUGAACCUGCAUGACGUCUAUCGUCUCCUAAAAACCGAAAAUUGCUUAAUAUUUGAGAUUGUUUGAAUAAACUAAAUUGCCAGAGCAGUGGCAAAGUGUGAGAGGAUUCGUAGAAGGAACUGUUCCUCCGCACACGAUUUCGCUCGUACAGAAGCCGGGCUGCACUGACUGACACCUGGCACCAGGGCUAUUCGUUGUUUUCUGCUGUUGAGAAGGGAGUUUUUCACCACAAGUUCUAACGAAGAGUGGGCCGCGCGUGGGCUAGGUGACAGACUUCUGUCGUACCCUUACCCCGCUUGAGUUCGACUCCCCCAGCUUUGGCGAUUUUUGCACAUGGCCAAAGGGCGUCGACCGCAAGGCGCUUGCGCCUGAAACAAUUGAUCUUGCCUCCAUACACAUCGUCUCCCCAAAACCAACAAACCAAAAUCAUUCCCCAAACCAAAAACAGGUAAUUAAAUAACUAACACCCCCCCCAUAUAGACUUGGUUGCGGUCGGCUUGUCAUUAAGCGCGAUGAAAAUAGCACCCACCAGAAGCACUCACUGCUUGUGUGUUUCGUUCCACUUUUUUUCAUGUUUCCCCGAAACCAGGCGAUCAUCCCCUUGGCCACGUUUGUCAUCGAGGAGAUGUGUGGGGAUCUUACCAACGAGCGCAACGAGCUGAUCCUAGACAGCCAAGGAUCCGCGCAGGGCUUGGACAUCAACAGCCAAGGAUCCGCGCAGGAGGAGUCGACGAGCUUCGACGCGUUCGGUCGCGCGAGAGCCUGGAUCAGCGAUCGUACGACGCCCGCAUCGGGUGGCGGAGGCGACAAUGAUAGAAAGUUCAAUGAAAAGUGAGUUUCCGGUACUGCAGCACGUGUAGCGGGCUUGUGAUUUGGGGCGGUGAUGAGACUUGUUUCCUGGAGGCGACAAUGAUAGAAAGUUCAAUGAAAAGUGAGUUUCCGGUACUGCAGCACGUGUAGCGGGCUUGUGAUUUGGGGCGGUGAUGAGACUUGUUUCCCGAGUGCUGCCUCGACACCAGUAGACUUGUACGCUGAUUGGGUUUGUGAAGAUAUUGUGUAGACACGCAAAAAAAAAAUAUCGUUUUCAUUAUUAGCAACGACCGCGCUAGCCGUGUGUGCCGUGUGUGUGUAGUUCGGUCGUGUUCAAGACAGCACGACGGGAAGAGAAGUUAUGCUUGUAGAGGCAUGUCAAACCUAACAGCAAAGAGCACUGAGAUAUGUGUGCGGGGGGAGACAAGCUCUUUCCUACGUCUAUCUGUUGUUGGGCCGCGCCCGGAUGGUAUUUGUUUUAGUUUUUAAUGUCCCUAUUCCCACCGGGUUUGUCGUGUUUUGUUUUGCUGACGGCAACACCUUUUUUGCCUUGUUGGCAGAAGAAGUUCUGCUCGAGACUCACGUACUGAUUCGCCUCUGCUGCAGUCUGCUGUCGAGCGACGAGUCUCACCCCGCAUGCAUCCCGUCCUGAACUUGUGUGUCAUGCCCACAGGUUGUUCAAGAAUAUGGCGAUUGUGUGGAACCACAAGCUGGCCAGGGCCAAGACGACGACCGUAGACUCCGCCGAAGCUGCCAACGCGCUUCUUCGACCCUAUACGCGAAGAAGUUUAGAAUGUGAAGAAGUGUAGAAUGUCGGAGAGUUUUUUGGCGUGGACGGACGAGGGGCUACAUUUCGCCUGCGUUGUUUGUGGCAACAUCUGACUGCAGGCAGAGGCUAGAAGUCGACACAGUGUGGGACUGCGACCACAGUUGUAUUUUUGUAUUUUGCUUCGUACAUUACUCAACGAGCUGGUUGCUUUUUCCGGUGCUUGGGCACUCUUUUAUAGCGAUGGUUAUCUAGAAAACCUAGUCUGUGCGGCUCCUUCGCGUCGCCUUUUCUUUAAUCGCCGAGUGGCGCUUCGUUGGUGCGGUGGAGUGUAGAAUUCCGAGACUGUUUCGUGAGUGGUACAUGAGAUUCGUACAAGUCGCCGCCACCGCGUCUUUCGUGUGCUUUUCUUGUGGGCACCGCAGUCGUCCUCAGGGAUUCACCUGUUUGCCCUGAUUCCGUGACCUUGACCAAACUGCUGUGUGCAACCGUUCUUUGUGGGUUCGUUGUGGAGGAUGGCUCAGGAAGCAGAGAAUGAGUCAGCGUCGUCCCUCUUGGUUCGUUCGACAGUAUAGUAUAGUAUG